UGACUGUUGCUGGUGUCCUACGCAGCCACUCCCGAGUCCUUGUUUGAAGCUCUUGAUACAGAAACCGUACUCAAAACGAAUAAACCGAGCUAAUUAUUUCCAACCCACUUUAGUUAUUCACCGAAUUGGCGUCUUAUAUCUUGCCCUGCACUGCUAAUUUAGCUUAGCUUGCAUUUCAAAUCCCGGACUGCAAUUUUAGGAAAAGGAUGCCCGGGUGUUAAUGGUAGAUGCUCUCAAGUUAGCGAGGGGACGCCGCUGCUGGUCAGUCACACAGCCGAGACGCUGCAGAAUGAGAAGUCGUCGUGUUCGCCAUGACUCUGAGAUCGACGCUGUAUCCUAAUGCUGGAUUCAAGCUGAACGCAGACACCAUCGACUUUGAGAAAACACACAUCGGGGCCGCCACUGUGAGUCCUGUAAGCAUCAAGAGGGAAUCUUGUGACUUUGGUAUAGAUGUUCACGACCUACAGGGGGGCGAGAUCCCCAACAAAUCAAAGGACUUAGACCAGAAUUACACAACAAGCAAAGUUGCCCGCGCUGCCACAGUUGCAGAAGUAGUUCAAGGAGACAAUAAAAGUGUGGGGAUAUUGUCCCCGGUCAGACAAAUGGGGGGUGAGGGAACCCCAGUGAAAGGUAAAGCCCUCUCCAUUGACAAUAUGGAAAACCCUCAGAUGGCUUUAAACAAUAACCCCAAAGAUGCUGGUGUUGAUGAGAGUGCAAAGGGGAUUGUCCCUGGAGUCCUCGGCACUGCAUCCAUUGAGCUCAGCUCUGAGGGCAAGUGGAGGAACAUCAGGAAGACCCCUGCCAACCCCCAUACACAAGCCAACUGCCUCCGCCAGAUUCUCCUCCUGCAGUUGGAUCUCAUUGAACAACAGCAGCAACAGCUGCAGUCAAAGGACAAGGAAAUAGAUGAGCUAAAAGCGGACAAGGAGACGCUGCUUGCGCGUAUUGAGCGCAUGGAGCGUCGUCUGCAGCUCACAAGGAAGGACCCACGUGACAAGCGCCUCUUCCAGCCCUUGGAGCCCUGGACCCCUGAUAAAGAAGACAUGUGGGAUCUGGAUGUGGUGGAUAGUCCCCAGCCCAACCCACCCACACCACUUCCCUUUAGUAGAGGUGGCAAAGGUCAAAAGAGGAAAUCUUGUUUUGGAGAUUCAAAAGUCCAGAAGUCCCGGGGCAAGAGCUCCAAGCUUAGUCCCCAGAAGUCUGAGCCUCGACCCGGCUCUCCACAUCAAAGGGAGCUGCGUAGUAAGGAGACUCCGGAGAAGACUGGGCCUGGGAGGUCAGGGCCAGAAAAGGACAUUUUGCUAUCAUGCAAAGAGGAGCCUGAGCUCAGUUUUCAAAUGGAAGAGCUGCCCUUCAUGUCUACCACAGAAAUGUAUCUCUGUUGCUGGCAUCAACCCCCCCUGUCCCCUCUGCGUGAGACUUCCCCUAAAAAGGAAGAAGAUGUGGCCAUUCCAUCCUGGAGGGAAAACUGUAUAGAGCCCAUAGUUUCAGAGUCACCCAGUAACAUCCCAGAGGCGCUGGACGACAGUGUGUUUCUGAAGCGUCACGCAAAGCUGGAGUUGGAUGAGAAGAGGAGGAAAAGAUGGGACAUUCAGCGAAUCAGAGAGCAGCGCAUGUUCCAGCGUUUACAGCAGCGCAUGAACAAGAAGAAAGUCGUCCAGGAAGUCGAGCCAGAGCUUUCAUCUUUCUAUCCUGACACUGAAGAUGUUGAGUCUAUAGUCAUCACCCCCUUUCUGCCUGUGGUUGCAUUUGGCCGGCCACUACCAAAACUCACACAACAGAAUUUUGAGUUGCCUUGGCUGGAUGAUCGAAGCCGGUGCCGCAUCGAGGUGCCCAAAAAACACACACCUCACCGGACCUGUCGGAAGUGAAAGCCGCGUGGCAUGACCAAAGGGGAGAUGCCACUGAAUGCCCAGAUUUGAAAUGAUACAUUGUCCUCUCUGGGAAAAAAAAGACUGCCAGCAGUUGCUAAUUAUAGCAGUUGCUCUCACUUUCACUCUGUGGAAGAGUAGUCUUGUCCAGUCUGAACCUGUUGCCACAGACCAGCUGAUCUCUAGCAGACUGUUAGAGAGAGAUGGGGAUUGGGAGAUAGCUGCACCGUCAGUUAACUUUGCUAAUUUUGACCCCAUUUAUACCUCUGAAAAGGAGACUAAAACCUUGAUACCACAAGAUUACAGUCCCCUUAUUAACAGCUAUUGAAGAUAAAAACAUCUUCCAGUUGUAUAAGUUCUGGAAAAAAAUGUACCAACAAGUUAUAUGCAUGUCUUGUGACACAUUGCAAAUACACUUUGUAGCAGCUGUGCCAUCCUAAAUUGAUUUUAUUACAUAAAUGUGAGUAGUUCGUAUCACUUUUUAAAAUUAUUACUACAUGGUUGCAUAGUCAAUGGGCAGGAUAAUCGGGGGACUCUAAUCUUGAGAGUAUUUAUUUUAGAGAAGUUCUGUUGCCAUUUUGACUGAAAAGUAGAGCUUGAAAUGUACAGUAUGAGCAACAUCGCUACAGCUAGCUAUUUGCUCUGAUACCAUACUCAUUUUCUCUGCCUAGAUGAAAAAUGUCUAAAUUUGACUGUAUCGUGCUGUCUGUGUAUUGCCUAUAUUAUUUGUUGUGCUCACACAACUUCAAACAAGAUUUUAUCGGUGUGUACUUAAGUGCGAUAUCAAGAGUUUGGAUCCACACUCAGCAUGAUUUCAUAUCAGAAAUUGCAACUUUUGAGCCGAGGUAAGGAAUAAUUAGACACAAGGCAGUGCCCUCGGACAAGAUAGAGAUAUUUAGAAAAUCACAGCCUGAAUCAGUCUUGGCAAAUCAGACAGAUGGUUUAAAUUGGCGGUGAACCCCUUGUUCUGCUCCCUCUUUUCAUUUCCAUUGGUUUGAUUUUAUAUGCGAGUUGCAUGAGCUCGACUGAGCUGCUCAACCUGCUCCAACAAGGUGGUAGCAUGGCAUACCUCUAACCGGAGCAUUUAUCUCUGCUCAUUGAAAUUCAGAAGAUAAAUAACAUGUUUGAAUCUUUGAAAGCAUGACUUUAGGCCGCUUUAUUCAACGAGCACCGCUGUGUUCAACUUGAACAGCCUUAUUAUCUUAAGGUUAUCUAAGAGUAACUAAGCAAAGUUUUGUAAUUAAUUUUCUGUUUCCAGUCUUUACAAUAUGCUUAAAUGCAGUAAAUAUUAGGCUACUUCUAUGUAUGCAUUGGUCUCUAAGGAUGCAAUUAUCAAAACAUUCAAGGGAACCAGUUUAGGACAUAAAUAAGCUUUCUAGCUGUAGUUAAUAGCCGUGUCCUCCAGUAUGCUCUUUACAGGCCGCCAGUUAUCUUUCCCUCUCUGAGUUAUUCUUGUUACGAUGUACAAGUGCAGUUUGAUUUAUGGCAAAGUGAAAGUUUCGCUUCACAGUUAGUUCACCUGUUUUACAUGUAACACAAAAGGCUCUCUGCCUCUUUACCACAACUGACAAGCAGAUGUGUAGGCAGAUUUUGGAAAUACAAAACUGGUCUUCUGUACAUAGCUUUCAGAAACAAAUGUACAUAAAUAAAACAUGGCUGUUAUUUUUUUAUUAUUUAAUGUUGAAGUGUUGAGUACAUUCAAUAUUGUUCUAUAAUGAUUGUAUGUUGACAAAAAAAUGACAGUUUUGAAAAAGUUCAGAUUUUUUUGGAAUAAAAAAGAUUAACAUGUCUAUAAUAUG